CAAUGGUUGUGUUUUCUUCAUCUGUUUUGUAAUGUUGUUAUAAACUUGCUUAGCUUCAUAUAUUCUUGGUAAAUACUAAAUAUGAACAUGAAUCGCUGGAAAAGGCUUUUCACAUGGCAACGCAUGAACAAGAAUGGUGAAGAGGAAGAGAAUAAGGAACAAGAACCAAAAGAGAGGAAGAAAGAUGAGACUACAAAAUUUAACUGGAAGGAAUGGAUAAUUGAUCCAUCUGAAGAGUUUUAUUAUACAUGGUUACAAAUUAUGAUACUCCCUAUCUGCUACAAUUGGGUCAUCAUAAUAUUCAGGACAUGCUUCUAUGCAAUUGAGGAGAAGUUUGUGGCAACAUGGCUUACCUUGGAUUAUAUUUGUGACUUGUUCUAUGUGCUUGACACAGUUAUUGGGUUUCGCACAGCUUUUCUGGAGCAGGGGAUCCUGGUGCGAGACUUGUCCCUUUUAAAAAAGCGUUACAUGCGCUCUUCUCGAUUCAAGUGGGACAUUGCCUCCCUGUUGCCCACUGAUCUACUCUACCUGAAUCUGGGGAUCCACACACCUCUAGUUCGGGUCAACCGCUUCCUGCGAACGGGCCGUAUGAACGAGGCCCUGGACCGCAUGGAAACGCGCACAUCAUAUCCAAACACCUUCCGCGUCGCCAAACUCAUGCUGUAUAUUUUCGUGCUCAUCCACUGGAACGCCUGCGUCUACUUCUCUCUGUCUAAUUACAUAGGCUUUGGUGCGGAUCCCUGGGUCUAUCCCAACAUCUCUGACCCGGACUUUGCUGCCACGAGACGCCAGUACUUCUACUGCUUCUGGUUCUCCACUCUCAUCCUCACCACAGUGGGUGACACUCCGCCGCCUGAACGCGAAGAAGAGUAUCUGUUUUUAGUCGCAGACAUGUUGAUCGCCGUGCUAGUGUUUGCUUCUGUCGUGGGGAGCAUGGGGGACGUGAUAUCAAGCUUGCGUGAUCGUGACAACGUAUUUUUCCCCAAUCAUGAGCUGGUGAAGGGUUACCUACGCAGCCGGCGCAUCAGCAAAGAGCUGCAGAAACGCGUCAACGACUGGUACCAGCAUCUCCACAUCAACAAAAAGAUCACACGGGAGAAUGAGAUUCUUCAGCAUCUUCCAAUCACACUUCAGACAGCAAUUGCAGUGAGUGUGCAUCUGCCCACUCUGUCCAAAGUCACCAUCUUUCAGAACUGUGAGACCAGUCUGUUGGAGCAGCUGGUACUAAAACUCACCCCGCAGGUGUAUAGCCCAGGAGAGUAUGUAUGCAAGAAGGGAGAUGUAGGUCAUGAGAUGUAUAUCAUUAAAGAGGGGAAGCUGGCAGUGGUUGCAGAUGAUGGAGUUACUCAUUUUGCUGUUCUGGGGGAAGGAAACUUCUUUGGAGAAAUCAGUAUCUUGAACAUCAAAGGUAACAAAUCAGGAAAUAGACGAACAGCCAACAUUCGCAGCAUUGGUUACUCAGAUCUCUUCAGCCUAUCGAAAGAGGACCUGACUGAAACACUACUUGAGUACCCUGCAGCCAAACGCCUGUUGGAGGAGAAGGGUCAUCAGAUCCUGACAAAGAUGGGGAUGCUGGAAGAGACAGACGAACGGGAGGGAGAGGUGGAGAAAACGGAGGACAAGGUGAAGCGCUUAGAGGCCAGCCUAGAGGCCCUGCAGACCAAACUGGCUCGGCUGAUAGCUGAACUGGAGUCUAGUGCCCGGAAAAUGAUGCAAAGAGUGGAACAACUGGAACUGCAGACCAAAGGAUGGGAAGGCAUUGUGGCCGAGGGUGCACAGGGAGAAAUAGAAGAGCGGGAAAAAGUAAAAGAGAGGGAGAUUGGGGAUGGGAAAGGGGAAGGGGAAGGGGAAGGGGAGAAGGAAGAUGAAGAGGAGACAGUAGUGGAAGGAGAGAGAGGAGAAGGUGAUGGAGGAGAGGAAAGCCUGGGAGAAAAGGAGAAGAAUGCAGGAGGGAAUCAGAAAAGUGAUAAGGAGAAAGAAGAGACAGGGGAAGAGCAAAUAAAGACAGAAACAAAGGAUCAGAAAAGAGAUUAAAUGUAAGUAGAUGAUAUUUGUAAAAUAUUCAAAUAUAUGUAAAAUAUACCGUUUUAAUGGUUGGGGUACAUAUAUAAAUCAUGGAUUCAUUAAAAUGAUCAAAAGUGACAGUAAAGCCAUUUAGAAUGUUACAAAAGAUUUCUA